GCUCGCGUGCGCCGCAACCACAGUUGAGUCGGCAGUAUGGACGGCGACAAUUCUGAUAAGCAGGAGGAGGCCUGGAAUCGACAUCGGAAGGAGAUGAAGAGGAAACGAAUCGCCCAGUAAACAGACGAACAACGCGCCGAACGACUAGCUAAGUGCCGCAACAUGGCUAGACAACCAGACUAACCUGGACUUGCAGUCAAGAUUAACCAAGGCUAACCAUGAUAUGCCUUAGCUUUCGCUACGUAUAUCCUGGCAUAGCCGAGCUAAGCCACUACCAAUUUUUUUUUUCAGCGGGAGACAGUGCGGUCUCCUUUCGGGUUGACCUACAUCGACACCAAGCGACGGCAGCGCCAGCAGCGCAACCUUCUGCUCAAGGCGUCGGUGGCGCGCCAGGAUGACGACUGGUUUCCCGUGCCACUGGUGAACGCCGUGUUCCUGCCCUACUACCACAUCGUGUUCAUACCCACCUCCAUGAUGCUGCCGCCCUUCCUGACCUCGCAGUAUCCUGCGGCAUCGUACGGAGGCCUUGGUCACGUGCUCGCCCACGAGGAGAGUCACGCAUUCGACGUGGAAGGGGCGCCUGCGGACGCGGACGGCCUCUACCGCUCCUGGUAUUCGGGUGCCACGCAGAGCCGCCUGGAGGACCGCAAGCGGUGCCUGCGCUCCGUGUACCGCGUGCCAACCGACGGCCCCUGGCCCACCGAGGGCGAGGACUACGCCGACUCACUGGGACUCAUGGUGGCCGCGACGGCCUUCAAGCGCCGCCUUCAGACGCGUGCUCCGUCGGGGAUUGCGCCCUUCACCAACGAGCAGCUGUUCUACGUGAGCUCGUGCUUCAAGUGGUGCAACAGCCAGGGCCCACCUGGCGAGGCCGACAGGGACCAGCGUCGGCAGGCCGUGCACUCGGACAUGUACAAGCGGUGCAUCGCACCGCUGCUCGUCGAGGAGAACUUUCUCGCAGCCUUCAACUGCACGCCCACCGCCGCCAUGCGCCGGCGCGAAGAGUGCGCCUUCGCGUGACGCGACCGACUGGAUAGCAGUCCCUCACCGGGCACCGCGAUAAAGGAGACCAUACCACCAUGCGAUAAGCUUCUAUUUAUGAGUGUAAUUGAU